AUGGCAAAUUCGAAGUUCACAGCUAAGAGCAAURGUGCGUUCAAGAACACCAGAUUGACAAGAUCCCGCAAAGAAGCACCGGCUCCGGUGAAGGCAUUGCCAGUCACAUUGCUGUCAGGUUUUCUCGGGAGUGGAAAGACAACACUUUUGCAGCAUAUUCUACGGAGCGAACAUGGCCUUCGUAUCGCUGUGAUCGUCAAUGAUAUCGGAGAGGUGAACGUUGAUGCGAAUCUCAUUCGUGGAACUCAUCGCCUGACCAAGACAGAGGAGAAAGUCAUUUCCCUUGCAAAUGGCUGUAUCUGCUGCACGCUCCGUGGAGAUCUCCUCGAAGAGCUCGUACGUCUGGCAGAACUCGCAGAGUUUGACUACAUCAUUGUGGAAAGCAGUGGCAUCAGUGAGCCGGAACAGGUCGCGGAAACAUUCGAUGAACGUCUAGCCGAACAAAUUUCCGCAAUGGGAGAGGGACCAGAGGGACUUGACGAAGCGACGCUUGCCAGUCUUACUAGGAUCAAGGAAGCCGGAGGUCUUGAUAAGUUUGCACGCUUGGAUACCACAUGCACUGUGAUUGAUGCCUUUACAGUCUUUCAUGACUUUGAGACAGCUGACUUGCUUUCUGCUCGUCGUAACGAUGUUACCCCUGAGGAUGAGAGGACUGUUAGCGAUCUGAUGGUUGAUCAGAUUGAGUUUGCGGAUGUCAUCGUACUCAACAAGAUUGAUAUGGUUUCCAAAGAGCAGAGGAACCGCGUGCUGAGUUUAACCAAGAAGCUCAAUCACAGAGCCAAGGUUAUUGAGAGCAGCUAUGGUAAGAUCGAGGUGAGAGAUAUUGUGAACACGGGCAUGUUCAAUCUCGAAGUCGCCCAGACAGGUUCCGGCUGGCUGCAGGACCUUCACGCCAUGACAUUGCGAGAAGUCAAUGGGAAGAAAAUGGUGACGCCAAAACCAGAGACAGAGGAGUAUAAUGUCCGAAACUUCAUCUACGUGCGUAGACGGCCAUUUCAUCCCCGGAGACUUUUUGCUCUUCUACAUGACAAGUUCAUCCUACAGCAUCCUUUCGAAGAAGAAGACGAGGAAGGAGAUGAGGAUGCUUCUGAAGACGAGGACAUGGACGAUGAUGAGGAUGAGGAUGAAAAUGAGGAUGAGGAUGUAGACAUGGAAGACCCUCUUGAGCUUCCAGACUCGGAUGUGAUUCUGGCCAACAAACGAGCCCACCCACUGUUUUCCCGUCUGUUCCGUUCCAAGGGAGAGUACUUCCUCGCCACCCGUCCUGGUCGAGCUGGCGAAUGGUCACAGGCAGGAGCGAUGUUGACGUUGUCUGGCGGUCGACAAUGGUUCUGCACAAUUCCACGCUCCGAAUGGGAAAGUGGUAUCAAAGAGAUUGACGAGCUUGUCGAUCAUGACAUCAAAUCUGGUGGUCUGUACGGAGAUAGAAGACAAGAGUUGGUCUUCAUUGGAGAGAAGCUUGAUAUCCCUGCGAUCGAAGCUGUGCUGGAUGAGUGCUUGCUAAACGAUGAGGAGUGGGAUCAGUGGCAGGCUAUUAUGGCAAAAGGAGAAGGUCCGAACGCCGGGGACAAGGCAUCUCAUGAUGCAAAAAACGAAGAACUUGCCGACCUUUUCGACGAUGGAUUCCCCGAUUGGGAGGAAGUAGGAGGGGACGCUGUGGAGACGCAGCCUGAUCACGAACACGGCCGACUUGGACGUGUUGACUCCCACAGCGGCCACUCGCACGCUAGUGGGAAAUCGAAGCACGGUGUUAGACCCGAUGGAACUGUCUAUUAG